CUUGACUCAUCAUCACGUUAGCGUGCAAGAAGCGUUUGAACUGUGCAUAAGCCAUAAUCCAAAAACCAUAAUAAGUUGUCAUUCUCAUAAUCGCUUCCACAUUGAUGCACUAAUCUGUUACCGUGGCUUCCUCAGGUUCACAGCAGGGAGGAUUAUCACGAAGAAAACCCUCUUCUUCAUCUUCGCAACAAUCACAAACCGGGUCGACCCGAAUCAUAUACAGAGAAUCCACGAUCCAUUCCGAAUCGGAGCUUCCGAUUUGGCAACGUAACUGGUUCAUCGCAUUUCUCUUCAUAAUGGCUCUCGGUUUCUUCGCUCUCGCUAUCUUCCUCUUCCUCACCCUCGAUCCUGAUGUUUCUCCUUCUUCCACCGCUUCUGCUUCCGCUGCUUCCUCCGAAGGCGUCGAGGUUCAGAUUACUUAUGGUUCGGUGAUUAAGUUGAUGCAUGAGAAGACGAAAUUUAGGUUGCAUUCUCAUGAUGUGCCGUAUGGUUCUGGAAGUGGACAACAAUCGGUUACUGGUUUUCCGAGUGUUGAUGAUGCCAACAGUUAUUGGAUUGUUAGGCCUGAGCCGGGAACUUCUGCUAAACAAGGUGACACCAUUAAAAGCGGAACCAUCAUUAGAUUACAGCACAUGAGGACAAGGAAGUGGCUGCACAGCCAUUUGCAUGCGUCCCCAAUAUCAGGCAAUCUCGAGGUCAGUUGCUUUGGUGGAGAAAAUGAAUCCGACACCGGAGACUAUUGGAGGCUUUUAAUAGAAGGAAGUGGAAAGACUUGGAAGCAGGAUCAGAGGUUUCGGCUUCAGCAUAUUGACACUUCAGGCUAUCUUCAUAGUCAUGAUAAGAAAUACAGUCGGAUUGCUGGGGGACAGCAAGAGGUUUGUGGUGUUCGUGAAAAGCGUGCUGACAAUGUCUGGCUGGCAGCUGAAGGUGUCUACCUUCCUGUUACUGAAAGCAAACAAGCUGAGUAGUAUCAAUAUUUUGUCCAAUUAGCAUUGAUUAUGUAAUUGAGAGGCUAGCAUUGGUCCUGAUAAUAGAUGCAGGCAGGCCCUUCUAUUAGUCUGUUGAAUACGUGCGCACUCUUAGGAUGAUAUAAUGAUAGAUAUAUUUUGUCAUAGGUUUACUUUGUUAUGAAGUAUUGCAGGCCCUUCAUCUCUCACAAAUACUUGCAGCAUGUUAUUCUUGUUGUGCAACGUGGUAAUGGGUAUUUUUUCAAUUAUGACUAAAUAUGAUGGAUUUACAGUAAAUAAAUGAAUCAAAUUUAACGCUA